CCGCGGCCGGGCGCGCGAGGAGCAGCGGGGAGCCGGAGCGGAGCCCCCAUGGCGCGGCCCCCCGCGCACCCCGCGCCGCAGCCCCGCUGAGCCCGCGGCUCGCCAGGAUGCCCGAGGCGGGCGCGCAGGAGGGCGAGCGGCAGAGGCGAGCCCCGGCGGACGCGGAGCCGGCACCGGCCGGGGUCCUGGACAAGCUUUUUGGGAAGCGGCUGCUCCAGGCUGGGCGCUACAUCAUGUCCCACAAAUCCUGGAUGAAGACGGUGCCCACUGAGAACUGCGACGUGCUGAUGACCUUUGCCGACACGACGGACGACCACACGCUGCUCUGGCUCCUGAACCACAUCCGGCUGGGCAUCCCCGAGCUCAUCAUCCAGAUCCGGCACCACCGGCACACCAAGGUGUACGCCUUCUUCGUCACCGCCACCUAUGAGAGCUUGCUGCGCGGGGCGGACGAGAUUGGGCUGCGGAAGCCAGUGAAGGCCGAGUUCGGGGGGGGCACACGCAGCUUCUCCUGCGAGGAGGAUUAUAUCUACGAGAACAUCGAGAACGAGCUCUUCUUCUUUAGCUCCCAGGAACGGCAGAACAUCAUCAGGUACUGGCUGGAGAACCUGCGAGCCAAGCACGGGGAAUCGCUGCACAACAUCCAGUUCCUGGAGGGGCAGCCUGUCAUCCCCGAGCUGGUGGCCCGCGGCGUCAUCCAGCAGGUGUUCCCCGUCCACGAGCAGAGAAUCCUCAACCGGCUCAUGAAGUUCUGGGUGCAGGCAAUCUGCGAGGCCCAGCCCUUGGACGAGAUCUGUGAUUACUUCGGGGUGAAGAUCGCCAUGUACUUUGCCUGGCUCGGCUUCUACACCUCGGCCAUGGUGUACCCCGCCGUCUUCGGCUCCAUCCUCUACACCUUCACCGAGAACGACCAGACCAGCCGUGAUAUCUGCUGUGUAGUCUUUGCCAUCUUCAACGUCAUCUGGGCCACGCUCUUCCUGGAGGAGUGGAAGCAGCGGGGGUCCGAGUUCGCCUACAAGUGGGGGACCCUGGACACGCCUGCCGAGUCAAUUGAGGAGCCCCGCCCACAGUUCAGGGGCAUCAAGAGGAUCAGCCCGGUGACCAACGUGGAGGAGUUCUACUACCCGCCGUGGAAACGGCUGCUCUUCCAGUGCCUCGUCAGCCUGCCCGUCUGCCUCAUCUGUCUGUCCUUCGUCUUCCUCGUCAUGCUGGGGUGCUUUGAGCUGCAGGAGUUUGUGCUAAGCAUCAAGGAGCUGCCCCGGCUCAUCCGCUUCCUGCCCAAGAUCACCUUGGCCCUCAUCGUCACAGCCUGUGACGACAUCUACAGGAAGAUCGCGUACUGGCUGAAUGACAUGGAAAACUACCGGCUGCAGAGCGCCUACGAGAAACACCUCAUCAUUAAAAUGGUUCUGUUUCAGUUUGUAAAUUCAUACCUAAGUCUUUUCUACAUUGGUUUCUACCUCAAAGACAUGGAGCGGCUGAAGGAGAUGCUGGCCACGCUGCUCAUCACCCGCCAGUUCCUGCAGAACAUCAAGGAGGUCUCCCAGCCCCACCUCUACCGCAAGAUCCAGCGGGGUGACCUGAGCCUGCAGAACAUCCGCGACGUCUCCCACACCAUCUUCCGCCUGCUUGCCCAGAGAUACACGGCGCCCAGGCUGGGCCCGGAGCCCCGGUCUGCAGAGCAGGCAGCCAGGCCGGGCCCCGAGCCCGAGGGGGCAGGCGAGGGGCCACAGGGGGAGAAGUGCCUCAACGGGGGCUGCGGCGUCCCCGAGGAGGAGGAGAAGCGGGAGUCAGACUCGGAGGACGAGAGCGUCCUGGACUGCGGGCUCAAGCUGAAGAAGGUGAGCUUCAUCGAGCGGGCCGAGCGCCGGGGCCGGGAGCUGGGUGCCAUGGAGGACACUAGUUUCCUGGAGGAGGGCAGCCCCACCAUGGUGGAGAAGGGCAUGGACCCCGCUUCCAUCUUCGAGCUGGCUGAGGAUGAGGAGGAGACCGAGGGGCCCUCUGGCAGCCCCCUCCCAGAAGCCAAGGAGCUGGCGGUGACUCUGCGGGCUCGGCGGGGCCGGGUGGCCGAGAGUCAGGAGGAAGAGGAGGAGGAAGAGAAGGGCAGAAAGCGGAACCGGGCCUCCUGGAUUGACCCACCGGAGGAGAACUACUCCUCCCAUCUCACCCAGGCCGAGGUGGAGAGCUGCAUGAAGAAGUACGAGGACACGUUCCAGGAUUACCAGGAGAUGUUCAUCCAGUUCGGCUACGUGGUUCUCUUCUCCUCCGCCUUCCCCCUGGCUGCCCUGUGCGCCCUCAUCAACAACAUCAUCGAGAUCCGCAGCGAUGCCUUCAAGCUGUGCACCGGCCUGCAGCGCCCCUUCGGCCAGAGGGUGGAGAGCAUCGGGCAAUGGCAGAAAGUGAUGGAGGCCAUGGGCGUCCUGGCCAUCGUGGUGAACUGCUACCUGAUCGGUCAGUGCGGCCAGCUGCAGCGGCUCUUCCCAUGGCUCAGCCCGGAGGGAGCCAUCAUCUCCGUGGUGGUGCUGGAGCACUUUGCCCUGCUCCUGAAGUACCUCAUCCAGGUGGCCAUCCCUGACAUCCCGGCCUGGGUGGCGGAGGAGAUGGCGAAGCUGGAGUAUCAGCGCAGGGAGGCCUUCAAGAAACACGAGCGGCAGGCGCAGAGCCACUACCAGCAACAGCAGCGGCGCCAGCGGGAGGAGGAGGAGCGCCAGCGGCAAGCCGAGUACCACGCCCGCAAGGAGCGCGAGAGCAGCCGGGACGAGGGGAAGCCCGAGGCUGCCGGGCAGGACCCCGGCCGCGAGAAGAGCCAGGCCAAAACCAAAGGGGCCGGCGGCUCGUCCCAUGGCUCCGAGAAGCCCAAGAGGCCCAGCUCCCUGCUGGCCACCAACAAUGUCAUGAAACUGAAGCAGAUCAUCCCGCUGCAGAGCAAGUUCCUGUCGGGGGGCGGCGCCGGGGCAGCCGGCACCGCCACGGCCCAGUCCCCGACGGGCAGCGAAAACAAGCUGCCUGGCUUCCUGAGCUUCAAGUUCCUGAAGUCGCCGGAGACUAAGAGGGACGGGGGCACCGAGAAGGUCCAGUCACCCACCAGACCGUUCAACCCGGGCAAACUGUUCAACUUCGGCAAGUCCGAGGGGGCCGGGGGAGGCGGGGCCAGUGGCAACGGCGCCGCCGCCCCCCUGCCGCAGCGGCCCGGCCCGUCCUCGGAGGGUGGCGAGAAGCAGCUGCCCAGCAAAGCCCACCUCAACGGGCUGGUGGACGAGGGUGGCGUGGAGGAGGGUGAGCUCAGAGCCGAGGAGGAGAGCACAGGUCAUAAACUCUAACUGGGGGGAUGGGGGGACAGCGGGCAGGGAGUUACGGAUCCCGGGUCUGUCCUUCAAGCAGAAUUAGGACGUGCCCAGCCUGGCGUGGGGCUCUUAGGACACCUGCACCCCCCCUCCCCGCGCCAUCAGGAGAGUGGAGGUGGGUGCGUAACGUGAGCGGUGGCCGUCCCAUCCCCCGCGGCAUGGGAAAGCAGAGUUUGGUGGCAGGGGCGCCUUGGGCCUUGAGACAGGCAGCUUCUGCUCCCAGCUUUGGUGACGAGAUCGGUGGCCUCAACUCAGUGCCAAGAGGCAGUUCAGCGUCCUCAGGAGAGGGGCAGGAGUGGAAUCGGGGAGUGAAGGUGGGGGCAGCAAGACAGGGUUGAGGGGCGCCUGCAGAGCCCAGGACCAGAAGACUGAGGGCGGGGAGGGGCCUGCACAUCGGGGGGUGGCACAGCGUUGCAGAUGGGGCCCAUGACACAAAAGUGCGAGUGACUUGACAGAGCAGUGCCCGUUGAAUAUUGAGGGGCAUUGGUGGAGCUGGGGGUUUGGGGCUGGACUACCAGGGGGCUGUGGAUUGGGAGUGAGGGGCAUUGGUAGAGCUCCGUGUGUGCAGGGGGAGGUCAGGGCUAGAAUAGCUGCGGGGCUGGGGGUCGUGCCUGAGGGGCAGCAGCAGGACCACCGGUGGAUUUCCCCCUUGAGCACGGGUGGGUUUUCUCCCUGUCUCCUAGCUGAGCCAGGACCCACUGGGGCCCUGUGCUCUGGGCACGAAGGGCUUGUGGGGGCAGGGGAGUAUAUGGGUGCUGUACGGGCAGGUUCCCCAAGCGCUCCCCAUGGUAAAUCUACCCUAAUGCAGCACCCAGAGCCAGGCACAGGAGCUGGCUGUGCAGCCAGGGGCAGCCUGAGCUUAAAGCCGGAGGGGUGGGUCAGGCAGAUGGGGCUGGGGAAGCAGGGGCAGCAGCAGCCCACAGUGGCCUUGCGCUCAGGAGCUCAGCUGGGGUGUGCUCAGAACUCCGUUCCCCUGCGUCCCAGAGUGAGUCAAAGCCCCCUGGGGCCCUGCAGGCUCCCAGCAAAGACUCUCCAAAGCUCCCUUGGCUCCUGCUGAGCCCCUGGCAUCUGCUGCAGGGAAGCUGUGCCCCUGUGCGGGGAGAAGGUUAUCCCCUUUCCUGCCAGCUCUGUCUCCCUGACUGCAAGCGUUCGGCCUGGUGUUGCUCCUGCAAACACACACCAGAAGGGGGGGCUCCCUGCCUGCAUCCUCACAGGGCUCAGCGUUGGCUGCCACAGCUGUCCCAGCCCCUGAAUCUGGCCCCCUGGGCUCAGGUCCUCCUCAACCCCUGCUAUCCUGGCGCUAAUGUCGCCAUGACGGCCUGCUUGUGCGAAGGGUGGGCAAAGUGCUCAGUGCCCCAGGCAACAGCUGGCGAUGGGCUGGAUGAGCUAAUGGGUCUUUCGUGCUCCUAAAGUCCAGGGUGGCAUGAACGGGGUUGGCACCACACCCGCCGGACUCGAGUGGCAGCCAUCCAUCAGCCGGGGGAUGGGGAAUUUAGCUCAUGGGCCACCCUUGUCAAAGUCUCUAGUUCCUUUGGCCCAGCUGGGGAUGGACAGCAAGGGAGCUCAGUGCUGCAAGAUCAGGCCGGAGCCACCAAUCCCCCUGGGGCUGGCAAGGUGUCACGAGCAUCCCAGCUGGGGGAGCACGGUGGGAGGAACGGAGUGGGCGAGCCCAGGUACGGCUGGAAUGAGGGGGCUGGGGGCACAGGCCCACGGUGGCGAUGUGGAGGCAGAGAUCAGGAGGAAGGAGAGGUGGGUCACCACUGAAUCAUUCACCCCUGCCUUCUCACCAGGUAAAAUCCCAUAUGCACUGGAUGCAGAGGGGAAACUCGCUGCUAUUCCAUCUCACCGCUUCCAGAGCUCUCCUCCCAACUCUCCAGCCUCGAAAUGAUUUGAUUUUUCCAGUGCAGGGACAUCUUUCUGCUUGAAGAACAGACCGAGGGGCGGGGCAGCGAAUUUGAGCCACAUAAUUUCCAUGCAUGGUUGACAUUUCUUGCACUAAAAAACGCCCCCAACCUAACAGACUCUAUUCCGUUCUUCUUUAGACAGCUUAAAAGGCGGAGGCAGAAUCUGGGAGCUGCUGCCUCCCCAGCAUAUGCAAAAUGUUGAGCUUUACGGUUUCCAGAACAAAGAGCACCCUGUAGUUAUUUCUUCAGAUUUCCAUUGGCAGGGAAGAAGGGUAUCCAGCCCUCAGUAACUUUGGAAGAACUGGGACGUUCCCUCCCCCGCAAUAAGGAGCUUGCACAUAAAUGUCAUGUCAGACUGGGAAAAGAAUCCACUCAAGGUGGAGGGGCUCAUUGGGGUGGGGAAGGAUAAAUAACCAAUGAUCUUAGCAACCAAAUAAUUGCAGGGUCUGUGGAAUUCGGGGUGGGCGGGAGGGAUUGUCUUCACUUCAGCAGCAGGGAGGUUUUUGCGUAGCUAGUUUAUAGUUUAUCUAGUGCUUUCAUGACUGAAAUCUCAGAGAGUGGCUGAGAGCUCUGCAGGUCACCCAGUGUUUCAGCCACACUAGGAUUAGCAAUCAAGCUUUCGGUCUGCCAGGGCUCGUUACUUACGUUGCCAGGUCAAUGGCUGAUACACUUCUCUGCUUGUGGCUGACUUAGCUUUGGAUUUAGCUUAGAUUUAGUUUUGGACAGGGACGGAGGAAUCUUUGACUAUUUACCAGAGGAAUACUGUAUGAGGAGAAAGGAGCUGGGGACUCGGCAGGGCAGGAAAGGAACUGCCAAGGAGGCAAAGUUUCUAGAGGACCAUUAUGCCGGGUGGUGGCAAAGGACAGCAUCCACCAGACUGAGUCUGGGGACUGAUAUGUGCGUUUACUAUCGGAUGUUUUGGUUUAACUCUUUUUAAAGACGUCAGUGGUCCCUUGGCUGCUUUAUCAUAGGAAGGAGACAAGUCCAGAACCUGUAGAAGUGCUGCCCCUGCCCCAUGUGUGCCCCACAGCAAGCUGUGUACUCUGAUGCACACUGACAAGUGAAUCACUAGAUGUGCAGAGCAUUUAGAACUAACAUAUCUGGAAGGGGACAUACCCACAGCAUCUCGAGCAGAGAGAUGGGGGCUUGGCUGGCCCCAUCUCUGACAUCCAAUCUUUAGGGGGUUUGAAAGCAGCCAGUCUCCCCAAGUAGAAGGGACCUGGAGUUCUCAAAGUGGGUCCUCCAAUGGCUUGUUUGCAGCUCCAUCUUCUGCGACUGGCCCAGUACUGUGGCAUUCCAGGCUUGGGGAUACCCGGAGAUAUCUCCCAGGCCCGGAGUCUUAGGAAACAACACUAUUUUUUAUUUUAUUUUUAUUCUUCCUCCACAAAAAUGGUGUUUUUGUCUUCUAACCAAGCCAUUCUGUAGCAGCAAUAAAAUAGGCCCAGGUGCGUUGAGGAUCUAACCAGAGCCAGAGAGGUGUAACACAGGCUAGGGGUGGUGAAAAUUUCCAGCCCUCUGUCACCUUCCACUGUCUAAUGGACAGUAUUGACCAGACACCAAGAAGGGAGAUAAUCUGUGUAGAAAAUACCUCUGUGCUAUCAGCCAUGAAGGAUAGGCAGGCUGUUGAGGCAACAGCUGGUGAAACUGCUAUGAUUACGUGCCGUUACUCAGUUUGGUUGCAUGGUGAAUGGAUGUUUAAUGCAGCCGCAUGGGGGCCUAGUGUUUCCUUAAAUGCGGGUAAGCCUGGUAUCUCCUCUUUGCAAGAUCAGACAAGGCUGGGUCAUGCUGCUCUGAGCCACAAAAAGCCUUAUGGACAUAAAGUCUGGGGCAGAGUUAUCUGAAGAGCAUGGAGGGGAAACCCCUCCAGUUACGUGCCUGGAUUUCCCUUCCUCGGAGAUCUGCCAAGAACCUUCUGAUCUCUCCCCUGCCCUCUUUGCAGCCUUGAUCAUGGCUGUUUGCUUCUCGCUGAGAUGGACUAGAAGGGGCCUCUCUCCUGCGGGGAGGGUAUUAUUGAGCAACUUAGCAUCUCUCUCACUGCCCCCAGCCGUUGAGUGUGCUGAUUUGUAGCAUGUCAGCCCAGGGACCCAGCCCUGGCAUCGUGUCAGCAGAUGCAUCCUGGGUCCCAUGAUAGAUGGCAGGAGCCGUGACUGUCUCACACCGUGAUGCUUUGGGGUGGGGGUAGACACAGGGUCACCCGAAGAAAAAUUGGGACAAACCCAGAAAGGGCAGGAAAGA